AUGUUGCUGCUCAAGAUCUUUACCGCUCUCUUUUUCUACAUCACCUCCAUCGUCUCCGCGGCGGACACAAGUGCAUGGAAGUCACGCAGCAUCUACUUUGUCCUGACGGAUCGUGUUGCCCGCAGCAGCAGUGACACGGGCGGCUCAGCUUGCGGCGACCUCGGCAACUACUGCGGUGGAACUUUCAAGGGCCUCGAGUCUAAGCUCGACUACAUCAAGGGACUUGGAUUCGAUGCCAUCUGGAUCACCCCCGUCGUUUCAAACAAGGCUGCUGGAUACCAUGGCUACUGGGCCGAGGACUUGUAUGCGGUCAACUCAAACUAUGGCACUGCUGCCGACUUGAAGAGCCUCGUCGCUGCUGCCCAUGCCAAGGGCAUCUACAUGAUGGUCGACGUUGUCGCAAACCACAUGGGUCCUGGGGCAAUCACAAACAACCGCCCUGAACCUCUCAACCAAGCUUCAUCAUACCACACCGCUUGCAACAUCGACUACAGCAACCAAAACAGUAUCGAGAUAUGCCAAAUUGCCGGACUUCCCGACAUCAACACCACCAAGAGCGAGAUCCGUACACUCCUCAACACCUGGGUCAAUUGGCUCGUAAAGGAGUACAGCUUCGACGGCGUCCGCAUCGAUACCGUCAAGCACGUCGAAAAGGACUUUUGGCCUGGCUUCUCCGCCGCUACCGGUGUCUACAGCAUUGGCGAGGUAUUCGACGGAAACCCAACCUACCUUGCUGAGUACGCCAAGCUCAUGCCUGGUCUCCUCAACUACGCAGUCUACUACCCGAUGAACAACUUCUACCAGCAAAAGGGCUCUUCCCAGGCGCUUGUCGACAUGAUGAACACUGUUAGCAAUACCUUUCCCGACCCAUCUGCUUUGGGAACCUUCCUCGACAACCAUGACAACAAGCGCUGGUUGAACGUCAAGAACGACCAGACUCUGCUCAAGAAUGCUCUUGCUUAUGUCAUUCUUGCACGUGGUAUCCCGAUCUUGUACUAUGGUACCGAGCAGGGAUACGCUGGUGGUGACGACCCAGCUAACCGAGAGGAUUUGUGGCGCAGUGGCUUCAACACCAACGGCAACCUCUACCAAUCCAUCAAGAAACUGACCGCCGCCCGACAGGCUGCCGGUGGUCUCGCAGGAAACGACCACGUCCACCUGUACGUCGCCGACACAGCCUACGCCUGGAGCCGUGCCAACGGCAACCUGAUUGUCCUCACCACCAACGCUGGCGGCAACUCCAACACCCAGCACUGCUUCAACACGCAAAAGUCCAACGGCCGCUGGACCAACGUCUACGGCAACGGCGCCACCGUCACUGCCGACAGCAACGGCCAAAUUUGUGUCUCCGUCACAAACGGCGAGCCCGUUGUCCUCCUCGCCGGCACCGCUACUCCCACCACUGCCACUACCCUCUCCACCCGCACCGCCACCACCGCCGCCACAUCAACCGCAUGCCCCACCGCCGUCUCUGUCUCCUUCACCCACCGCGUCACUACCGUCCCCGGUGACACCAUCAAAAUCACCGGCAACACCGCCCAGCUAGGUAAUUGGACUCCCGCCAACGGCCUUACCCUGUCCGCAGCUAGCUACACAUCCAGCAACCCCAUCUGGACCAUUACCGUGCCACUGGCUGCUGGAUCCUCCAUCUCUUACAAGUUUGUCAAGAUUAACAGUGGAGGAACUGUCACCUGGGAGAGUGACCCUAACAGGUCGUACACUGCGCCGAGCUGCCAGGCCAGUGCUAGUGUGAAUAGUUCGUGGCAGUAG